CUCGCCAGGCACGAGAGUAGAAAUGCAAUGGCCGCCAAACAAGAUCGGGCACAACUUUGAACUGCUUCUGGCUAAUAAUGUGGCUGAUUUGCGCUUCCAUUUGAAAAAAGUCUUACGGAAAUUUUCAGUUUAUAUCUCUUCUAGUGAAUAAGCAUAUUGUCUUUUCCAUUUUAAGGAUAAAAGUAACAGCAGUGAAGAAAAGUGGUGGUCGGCAAGGAAGCUUUGUCAUAUUCGUCAAAAUGAAGGUUACAGGAAUAGUGCCAGCCCGGUUCCUGACCAUUGUCUCACACCUUGUGCUUGUUUUAGUAAUUUUUUGGUCACGGAGACCCAAUAUUGAGUCGUGUUUACCCAGCACUUAUACACAGGCAGACUAUGAUAAAAAAGACCUGCAGGGCUCACCAGUUUACUCAUUCCAGUGCCUUCUGUCUAUUUCUGCCCACUGUGGAGCGUCAGUGGCGCUGUCAUACUAUCUCUGGAGAGAGUGGCCAUGUGAACGUUUCUGGUAUAUUUUUGGCUUCUGUAACGCAGCCCCGGGAUUUACCAAAAUUUUCACUUGGGCCCUAGUGGGUUUGGGUUUUGGGGCAUACUACAUUAUAGCAUUGAUUAAUAACGUUUUAAAUUUGGGGCCAAAACCCCUGUAUUAA